CAUCAAUAUGUAGAGCUACAAUACAGCACGAACAUAAGAUGUAACUUAGCACUUUAACGUUACACAAUGAAUAAGUACAACUUUUUAAAGAACAAUACUUGGUGUGUACAGGGCUAUGUGUUGGUUUUGCUAGUAAACUUUAAUAUGCUAGCUAGCAAACCUUUGCGUUUAAAUGGUUAGCACAUCAUUUAGCUAGCUAGCUUGUCGUUCUUACAAUUGGAAAUGUUAAAGUGUCCGGGUAACAUAGCGACAUCUGGGUGUUGUUUAAACUACUUAAUACUCAUUUAUGUGUUGGUUACUAGCUGUUUAUAACGUUCCAGACUCACCAGAGUAUAAAUAGGCAAUAGUAUGUUACAAGUUAUCUUGGCUAAUGUUAUGGUUUAGUGCUGUUAACAUGCUUAACGUUAGCUUGCUAGCUAGUUUCUUAACUUAGCAAGCCAUGUCGUGUGCAUUUUUUUUUUUUAGCUGACGUUGGUCAAGUGGUCAGCUAAUUUCCAUUGUGUACUUCGUCAUAUUUAAGAUAUGCUGUUAAAUGUCUCUGUGUUUAAAUAGUAACUAAGCUAGCUAAGCCAACUUAACUUCGAGACGGCUUUAAUAGCUAAUUUAACGUUAGCGUAGGUAAGUUAGGCAGUCUUAUAAACAUAACAAGUUUUUGGAAAUGACUUCUUAGCCCAACAAUUCGCAGCUAUAAGAUUACAUAUUCACGUUUACCUAUAAGGUUCACAAUGGAAUGUUCUUGUUGGCUGACUUGGCAUUGGUUCGAUGUGCCAGAGAUGCGAUAUUGGCGCAAGUGACGCUAGCUGGGUUAGUUAUGCUAUUCAAGUUAACGUUAGUAAAUGUUAGAGAUAUGCCCAGCCAUUUGCCCAUUGAUUACACAUUAAAUCAAAUUUAGCUCUAGCUGACGUUACGUAUUACAACUGUGAACUGUGAAAUUACAAGUCAGCCAACACCACUCUAGCUAUUCAUGACUGUCGGUUCUAAUUAGCUGUUAGACGUUGGUUCUAGUUAGUCGGAGAGCUUGUGGGUCUGUCUGUGGUCUAGCUAGAUAUUUUAAAUCAGGUUGAGGCAGAAUGGUUUUGUUUCAGUUAACAGUUGCAAGCUUCUUUUCGGUGUUAUGUACAUUUAACAGCCGCGUUGUCAACCGUUGGUAUCAACACUGUUUAGGAACAUACAGCUUCUGUCCUUUGUCUUGUAUAACAAAUACAACAGCCAUCUGGCAAUGAUGUUGAAUUUUUGUGAAGUGUUUUCUCAAGCACGUUGCGACAACAGUUAAUGUAUGUUUGAAUCUACUUAGAUGAGCGAUCUAACUGCUGACUCCCAUUGCAUUCUUUCUCAAAGCUCAUGACCCUAGUCACGAAGAUUAUAUCAGCUGGAUUCAGAUUUGCCAAAUUACCUUGCAAGCCAAGCAAAAGUGCUCUUUGUUAUGCAUUUUCUGCACAAUUUGUUCCUGAACAACCAGUGUAAUAUUUUUGCCAUGUAUAUUGCCUGUCAUCUGUCUCGCUGGCUGACAUGUGUGGCUAUUUGUGAGGACCAUUCAGGGCUUGUUUUGGUUCUGGGUCUCAUCAUUUCCAAAGAGCAAGCAUUGGCUAGAAAUGACCUCAGUCUAACAAUGGUAACAUCUGUGAAUUGGGAGGUCUUUUUAAAAGCACACUAGACAUUAGCUGGUUAAAUGGGAAGUUAUGGCUCAUCAGGACACUCCCUGUAGCUAGGAGUGACUGGCUACAGUUGCUGUGGAUGCCCUGUAAAAAUAACUCGGCAGGGUGUUUUUUGGCAACCCCAACUUGGUGGAGACACAUUAACAAAUACACACACGCCAGCCCAAUUUUUCCGUUAGUCAUACCCAUCUCUAACAUAUGCUUAGUAAACUUUGGAUGUUUCAGUGCUUGGUCAUCACUAGCAUUUGCUCAUCAUCAGUAGCUGCAGCUCUCUCAGUCUUGUCUUUACACUAUCUGCCUCCUCCACACGUGCUCAAACACACAGACGACACCAGAUGUAAUCUGUUUCUAUAUAUAAAUGCUGAAAUGGGGCGAGAAGCAUCACACUUCUCAUCUCCCUGAUGGAAAAGUGUGGAGAUGACCCAGUAUCGCUUUCAUGCACAUAGACAGGGUGUACUAAAUAAGAUUGUAAGACUGUUGUUUCCAGCAAUCAAAACAAAUAAGCGUGUUUGAAUAUUUGUGUUUUGUGUUUGUGUACACAUUAGUGUAGAGUAGUUUUUAUCGGGGCAUAUGGGCAGAUGAGAUUGUUUAUGUGGGCAGUUUGAUCCAGGAAUAUGCAAGAGGCAUGCUUAUACCUCAUCACAUUUGAAGUCAAAGGUGAGGUGCUGUGUGGUGCUAACUCCAAGGCUGAAUUUAAUAAUUACUUUGGUCUUUUUUUGAAUAACUGAACUAUGUUGAAGAAAAUGAAAUCAUUGUCGAUGCCUGUUCUCAAUGUUAUUGAGGGCGCAUCAGGGCUCUGAGGUCCCCUAGCCACUGCUGCAGAGAGGUUUGCUAGUCGGAUUCAAUGCGUUUUUAUGCCUGACGUUGCCCCUUGUGUUGCGCCACGCUCUUCCUUCCCAGACCCAAGGACUCCAUUCUGGAGGAUGCUGGCCUCCCAGGCCUCUCUCAGAGGGGCCAGUGGAUCCCGGAAGUUGGCCUCACCAGAGGCUCCGGGCUCCUCAGGCACCUCCCAGAGCAUGAAGAAGACUAUCGGACACAGGGGGGUCGACCCCACUGGAGAGACCACCUACAAAAAGACUACCUCCUCAGCACUGAAGGGGGCAAUCCAGCUGGGCAUCACGUACACCGUGGGCAGCCUGAGCCAGAAGGCCGAAAGAGAUGUGCUCAUGCAGGACUUUGUUGUCGUAGAGAGUAUCUUCUUCCCAGGUGAGGGGAGUAACCUGACUCCAGCUCACCACUACAGUGACUUCAGGUUUAAGACUUAUGCUCCAAUUGCCUUCCGCUACUUCAGAGAACUCUUCGGCAUUCGACCCGAUGACUACUUGUAUUCUCUCUGUAAUGAUGCGCUGAUAGAGCUGUCAAAUCCGGGAGCGAGUGGCUCAAUCUUCUACGUCUCCAGUGACGACGAGUUCAUCAUCAAAACAGUGCAGCACAAAGAAGCUGAAUUUCUGCAGAAGCUGUUACCCGGAUACUUCAUGAACCUGAAUCAGAACAAGCGCACGCUGCUGCCAAAGUUCUACGGCCUGUACUGCGUGCAGGCGGGGGGCAAGAACAUCCGCAUUGUGGUGAUGAACAACCUGCUGCCCCGCGCCAUCCCCAUGCACCUCAAGUUUGACAUGAAGGGCUCGACCUACAAGCGGCGUGCCUCGGCCAAGGAGCGUGAUAAGAAGGUGCCCACCUACAAGGACCUGGACUUCAUGCAGGACAUGCCUGAAGGCCUACAGAUGGAGAACGACAACUACAACGCCCUCAGCAAAACAAUUCAGAGGGAUUGUUUGCUACUGCAGAGUUUUAAGAUCAUGGACUACAGCAUGCUGGUGGGCAUCCAUAACGUGGACGUGGCGCUUCGAGAGCGCCUCGGGGACUACAGCGCGGCCGGAGAGGGCCCCAUCACGCCCGACCAGAAGCGGCCACAGUUCCAGAAGUCCCUCUACUGCACCGCCAUGGAGUCCAUACAGGGGGAGGCUCGGGGCAAGGGAGCCAUGGACAGCGAGGACUACAUGGGUGGCAUUCCGGCCCGGAACUCCAGAGGAGAGAGGCUACUCAUCUUCAUGGGCAUCAUUGACAUUCUUCAGUCCUACAGGUUCAUCAAGAAGAUUGAGCAUUCUUGGAAAGCUCUGGUGCAUGAUGGGGACACCGUCUCGGUGCACAGGCCUGGCUUCUAUGCUGAACGCUUUCAGAGAUUCAUGUGCAACACGGUCUUCAGGAAGAUACCAUUGAAGCCGUCCCCCUCCAAGAAGAGUCGAGGGGGCUGUCAGAGCGUCGUCCGGAGGUUACCCAUGGCAACGGGAGCACCUGCGUCCACGUCCAAUGCGGCGGGCGGACACUCUGUGGUGGACGCCAGACUGGUGUACAGGCCUCACUUCAGCCACUCAGACAUGGAGGGAGACAGCGGCAUGCAACAGGGCAGACCUGACAUUCUCCCAAGGACCCCUCCUCAGGCUGGUGACUCCAAUGAGUUUAUGGAGACAAAUCUAUCCACCUCAUCCCUCGGCAGCACAGGCCUCACCUCCAGCUCUCCCCCACUCAGGUCAGUAGGGGUAGAAGUGCACAAAUCUGCGAGUACAGAACCAGAGCACACUAUCUCCCACAGUGCCGGGGCUGAAGGUUUAGAUGAACAAGCAGACGAUGACGAUGCCAUUUCACUCAAAGACAUAAUCCCUGAGACCAAUAUUUGUUUUUAAAAAAAAAAAAGUGUGAGUCUUCAGAACACUUGAUGCAAGGAAAGGGGGGAACAGAAAGAGAACGAAAGAAGGAAGGAAGGAAAGAAAGAAAGGAGGAGAACAACAGCCGCGCAUUCAACCGGAUGAACCCUCCCCCUAUCUUUCUGAGUGUGUGUGUGUGUGUGUGUGUGUGUGUGGGGGUGGGAGUUCAGGAAGGCUCUGCAGGCUGCACACAACAAGGGAUAAACACACCUGGUUUAAAAAUUGAGAAAGAUAGGGGUGGGGGGAACAGAGCGAGAUGGAGAAGAGAGUGGGUGUGGGUGGAUUUGUGUGUGUGUGUGUCUGUACACACGCGCACACACACACACACACACACACACAAGAGAGAGUGUAUGUGUGGGAGUCUGUAGGCUCUCCUCAGCUCACAGAGGCUUUGCUGCUAAAACUCCAACUCCCAACCUGCAUCACUGGACUGAGACGUCCACGUUAAUCCUAGUUCAACUGGCCUGUGCACAGGUCUGACCAGUAGUGCUGGGCUGUGUUGGUGAGCACUGGUCCAGGCGUGCAGGUAGGCCUGGCGGCCAUGACUGUUUGAGGACAGCCGAAGCUGCUUUUAACUGGAAUUGGAUGCCCUGCUCUCCGGUGUAACUGAACCUCCCACCCACUAGCCACCAUGCUGUUCCCUUCCAACUAUUAGAAGAUGGAGUGACUACAGAGUAGCUGUUUUAUUUAAACCUAACAAAAGUAUUAUAUUAUCAUAGCCUUACCCUAUGAUAGUAUGAUUCUUUUUUCAAGUGUCUUGUGACAUUUUCUUUGGUCUGGGCGUGCAUUUGUCAUCCAACACUGAGUAGAAGAGUUUUUAAAGUUAAAGUUAAGUCUAUGCUAGACCAUCACUUAGCAGUGCGGGGUGGGAGGGGUGGGAGGGUUGUUGGUUGGAACUGAGCUUCCUAAGUCUGCUGACCUGAGAGAAGCCCUCCUUUGAAUGGGGGUGAAGUCCCAUGUGCCCUCGUUCAAACUCUGUGCCCUCUGUAUGUAUCUGAAGAGUAAACAACGUUAGGGAGCCCUCUCACCUUGAUCGACGGAAGGACAGAUUUUCCGUCUUCACCUUCUCGGGGUGACGUCUGCUUUUGUUAUCCCUAGUUCACUGAUGGGCCCAAAUGCUUUUGCAGUUCGUAUAAACAUGUUGGUUCCUUACGAUACACAGUUGGCAUAAAAAAGGUUAUACAAAGACACCAUGUUGGAUAUGAGACUUUGAGCUGCCUGAAUAUGAAACCACUGUUGUCUUGCUUGUCCCUGUGCCUUUUUGUUUGCGUUUCCUAAACUCUGUUAGCACUGUUGCUUGUUUAAGCAUGAUUGUGUUUUUAAGUGUAUGUUGUUCCUUUACUUGUUGACGGUCUUAACUACUGUUUGCCUGUCAGUCUAACAAGCCCACCUCCCUUUUUGUUUCUCUUCCAAUGACGAGUAACCCCAGCUUCCUAAUGGACCAAUCCGCUAACCGGCUCUGCUGGGGUGUGCUCUUAUGAAGGGAAGAGAUUCAUGUUUUUAAUACACACAUUUCAUGUCAAGCUGAUCUGUUUGCCUCUUACCAUCAAGCUUUAACUCACACUGCUGGGUUACAAGCAUCAGUCAAUGCUAUACAAGACAGUGUCUCCUCUCUCAGAAUCAAAGCCUACCUAAUGGCUGCUAGGUCUUCCUUACACAUAAAUAUGAUCACACCUGUUUUAAAUGACACUGUGCGAACACUCACCAUUUCUGCUGGUUACAGAAAUGAGGGGGUCACUGUCUGAAGGACCAAGUGUGACCGUGCUACACAGAUGAAUAUUGCUUUCUUUAUGUUAUAGUUUCAAGUAGUAGUGCUGAGGGUUAAUAGAUUAGGAUGUGCAUGUGAGGUUUCCAAGCCUGCCAUGUGCCCAGAUGAUGGACUGCUUUGUGUCCAGCAUUGCUUGCUUGCUCGCUUGCUCGCUCCAGCAUUGGGUCGCUUUUGUGUCCUGCCAUUCAUUUUUGUUUUCUUUUGUUUCGUAGAGCACUAUCAAGGCUGAUUCUAAACUCACCUGUUUGUUCUGUCAUGGUUGUCUUCUAUGAGAUGGCCAUGCACUUGCAGCUGGCCAGAAGCUGUCAUAGAGGGGACAUCAUCGUCCUGCCCUCACCCAAGCCAUUUAUUUAUCUCUUGCCUCCAGUGAGGUUCCCCUAACACAGAACAUGCCCUGUGUUCAUUCUGAAUGAUACUCAUUUUAUAGUCCAAAGUAUUAAACCUGUCAGUUUAUGAAGGUAUGGACCGGGGUAAAUGUUUGUCAUUUGAAACGUUAGACUUUUUUUUUUUUUCAUCAUUUGGAAACUAAUUCACGCUGUCCUUUUUUUUUUUUUUUUUUUUACAAUGUUUUGCUUCACCCAUCUUAAGAGGGGCCUUGUAGUGCUGUCAGGCUGUAAACUCUGUCUGGUCUCACCCAUAAAACCUAGUGUUUUGCCAAGACUUUAAGACUUGGCGAAAGUUUACAUUCCCUGCAUAUACUCUUUCCACGUGCCAGAUCUGACCGGGUUGGUGACGAACAACAUAGAUCAAAAUCUCACCUAUCCAAUUGUUUGGCUUCCUUUUUUAUUUAAUUUGUUUGUCUUUUUUUUUGCUCAUUUCCUACCUGGACUGGUGUGUUGAGCGUUCUGGAUGUAGCCAGCCAACUCCAAACCAUGGCCUCAGAGCUUUUCGCUGUAUGUUCCUGAUUCUUUUUUUUUUUUAAAGUGGAUAUAGGGUCUGGCCUAGUUAGUUGGAGAAGAGUUUGCGGUGCUGAUUCAUCCACUGAAGGAAACUUCGCCAAAAAGGGUCGAUACUGAGGAAUGGAGCAUGCAGAAAGUAACAGCAUUGACUGACUGACUGAACAUUUAAGGAGGCCUGGACUUGUACAGUGGACAUUUCUGUCCAUGAACCACCCACCAAAGACCUAGAUAAACCAGUCCUGCUCUCUCAAAAUGGGGUUCUCAUACACAUCACUCCACAACCUCUGUUUAAGACUACAGGGGCAACAAAGAAAAAUUGGAGAAUGUGGAGACUAUAGUCCACAGAAUCCUAAUCUCUAAAUCGGAUUGCAGGCCCAAAAGGUUGGAUUAUUGGUUGUUGCGCUGCAUACCAUCUUCUUGCAAAGAGCUCACCUGAAGGUAUAGUUUUUAGUCCAAGGGAAGUUUUUGUUUGUUGUUUAUUUCCUUGUUUUUAAAUAAUAGUUCAUGUCAUUUCAGUGGUUUAAUUUCCUGUUCGUUGUUUUGGUCCACAUUACAAGUGUGGCCACUGAAUGUGCGUGUGCACGCAGGUGCACACAAACACACGUUGAACUGCUGCAAUGCGACCAUGUUUUUUCUCCAAGGCUUCCAUGUUCUGGAUGAGCAAUGCCGGAAAAAAAUGCCGGUGAUCAAGUUUGAUGGUCACAUGUGCCUCAUGCUGUUGCCCCCUGACCACAAUCCCUCAGUGUGGCAUCAACCUCUCCCUCCCAACUAGUUCCACCCAGAUCGUUGCUGUUAGCAGCAGACUAAGUUCUCUUGUUGUUACCUGGUGCUUGUUCCCCCAUCUUGUGGUCAGGAUCAUUCUUCUGCCUCUUGAUAAUCAGUGUUUCUCAGGCAUUCCGCAGCUGACUGCCAUUACACAAAUGCACACCCAAGUUCUGCAUGUGUCUUUUACCGUGUAUUUCACCAAAGCUCGUACAUAGCCUUGUGUUUGAUUGUGGAGAGUCGGCCACCAAAGUGAACACACUGCCCCAUACUGGGUCCAGAACAUACAAACAGAUUUCACCUGAGGCUGUGGUCUUUUGUAGUACUCAGCCUGUCUAACCAUUUGUAUGAAGUAAUGAUCCUGAAUAUUAUAGGAUCUGCAAGAUCCACCCCAAGACUGUUUUUCCCCCAAGACAAUUCAUAUUGUGUAGAAAAGUAAUAUUCAAUCUGUUAUUAUUGCCAGAGCCUACUCCGACAGUAUGCAGCCUUAUCAAUGAAGGGCUGAAUGUGUAAGCAAAGUCAUGGCAUCCAGGUGAGAGGACGGUCUCUGAUCAGUUAAAAUGUACAAAUGUGCAAGUUGAACCCACCCACUAGAAGACUUGGCCUCCUUGUAUAAAGUGACCCAUUCAAAAAUGUCAAGACUCCAACGUUGCACAUUGUAAUGUGAAUGUUCUUUGUCAAGAAGAAUUACUCAAGCACAAACAGUGGCAACCAGACACAUCUUAUCCCCAGCACAAACAAGAGGGGUUGCAUGCUGGCAAGACACACUACAGAUCAAAUUAAUUAUUGCAAUAUGAACUUUUUUGCCAGUUCUUGUUCAAGAAUUGUAUUUAUUGACUUUUUUUUUUUUUUUUACCUUGUAGGUAUAUAAGAAUGAUAUAUGUACCGUAGAUGAUUGUAUGGAUCAUGUACUCUGGCAGAAAAUAAUUUCUGAAUCUUAAGUAGUAUGUAGGCCUAUUGCAUAAUAGACGAGGGGUGGGCAGGGAAGGAUUGUUCAACUUUAUCUUUUAUAUUACCAAGUGUUUUGAAAUGUGUUAUGGUCGGUAUUACCCAUUACAAAUAAGUGAUUUACUCUCCUACUCUCUUGCAUUUUAUACUUUAUACUUUUGAAUGUCUCACAGUUCCAGGGCAGUAGACCUGAACGCCGUAAAUGCUUCAACGACUAUAUUUUUACUGGGCCUAUUUAAGAUGUGUAUAUGUAUAUAAGCACUCACGGAUGCCUUUUUUUCUUGCGCUGUGUUCGCUGCCUCUGUAUCGCCAUGUUUUCAGUGAUGUGGUGAUGGUAGUGCUUUUUUCCCCUCAAUGUCUGAUUUUAAAUAAAAAUAUUUUCUAAACGUUU